CGCCGCACCACCACCACCACCACCACAACCAAACCACACGCCCUCCCUCUUCCCUUCUUAACUCUCACCACGAGCGCACCUCCGCUUAAUUCUCUUCCGAGCUCGCAGUGCGCGCGUCCCCCACUUCGCCGCCGUUCGCCGCCACGACGAUGAUGACCACGACGACGACGAUGAUGAUGAUGAGUACGACGACGACGAUGAUGAUGAUGUCGAUGCUGCUGCUCGUCGCUGCCACCACCCUCGCCGCCGCGCAGAAUGGUGAUGUCAAACUGAGAAUACGUGCGUCUAAACAAAACAUUUUCGAGGGCGACAACUUUACCAUAUCUUGCACGAACUCCUCUGGAUAUUUAAAUCCAAAUUCCACCUUUUCCUGGGAGCUGCCGCCAAACAUCGUCAUCCCAGAGCAGCAGUUCUCAGAAAACAAGCAAACCAUCAGCAUCGUGUCAGUCAGCAGGAAGUAUAAUGGAAAAUACAAGUGCUCCAUCAUUGGCACAAGCUUUGCAAGCGACAAGACCAUUGACAUUUAUUACCCACCACAGGACCUGAAAAUAAUGGCAGGCCACGGAUCUCAACAGAUAUAUGAGAAGUUACUGCAUGUGUUCAUCGCAGAGGGAAGCUCACUGACUCUAACCUGUGAAGCAGUCUCCAAUCCAACGCUGGAGUGGUCAUGGUGGACUUCGGAUACUGAUCUCAACAAGUUCACCAAUGUUCUGUCCUUAAAUAAACCGCAAAAUGGCAGCAAUUAUACUUGCAAAGGCAAAUAUGAAAUGGACAAACAAUCGUACGAGAUGUCAGCCAGCAUCAUCAUUGAGGUGCCUAUCUCCGUGCCCACACUCACGACGAACAGCACAGGGGACGCUAAAGAAGGAGACUCGGUCGCUAUGAACUGCUCGCACGAUAACGGCACGGGGCAAUGGUAUGCCUGGACUCAGAAUGGGCAGCCGAUCAUUGAGGUGAAAGAGAGGUAUAUUUUCUCUAAAGAAGGUGCCUCCCUGCUGGUGACGGACAUUCAAGGGCGUGACAGCGGGGAGUACCAGUGCACGGUGCAGAACCAUUUGGGCAGAAAAAGCAGCAACGUCUUCAAGAUCAACGUCACGUCUGAAAAUAGGUUUAUUUACAUCGUAAUCGCUUUAGUGGUGAUUGCAUUGUCGAUAGCAGGCGGGCUGGGAGGCGUGCUGCUCUGGCGCAAGUUGACACACAGUAGAUCAUAUGACCUUCUUAAGCAGAUAAGAAAAAUAAGCGAACAGCCGCCUAAUCAAGAAUUAGUGUGAAUGUUGAAAACAGCAUGAGAACCUGGAAGAGGGAGGGGUUACAACAUUCCAAUAAGAUAAUUCGCUAAUCGUGCUCUUCUUUGAUUUAGACACUCGGCACAAACGGCAGAGUAACCACUUUGCUCUGUGAGCGAUGCUUUGGGAAGAUUUGUAACAAUGAAAUCCGUUGCUAUCUGUAUUGUCAGAAUUUCAUUUUUGCGUGUGUACUUUUUAUGUGUUGUGUUAAACAAGAGUGGCAGGGUGGCACAGCAGUAACACUUUUAUGACUCGCGGUUGUUCCUGAUAAGGGGCGCCUUUCUCCGUGUGGAGUUUGUACGUUCUCCCUCUGCGAGGGUUUCCCACGCGGGUUCCCCGGCUUCAUCUCAGAAGCUAAAAGCAAUUUGACGUAAAUGGUAUUGGCCAAACAUCCCGAUGGUGAAAACAGACCGGCAAAUUACUCGAUUGUGAUUUCACAUCGCAGCAAGAACUUGGCAGGACCCUCCUGCAAACCCGUUUUGAGACUCUUGAGGCUUUGCUGGGUAAACAAGCUAAAAAAUUAUAAUCAUACCAAAUGAUGAUGAUGCGGAUGGCAAAAGCUACACAUACAGAGUGCUUUUAUCAACCCUGUUCAAAGGUGGGGGGGGGGGGGGGAGACCCGGGGAUAAGCCAUCAGCAGAGGCCUUCAGGCCCCUCUAGCCCACUGUAGGGGCUGCUCUCUGUGAAGAGACGAAUGUUGAUAUUUUUUUCCCCAAAAAGGCCUCUUUGUGAGUCGACGCGGGGUAACGCCACUGCUGAUCAAUCAGAAAAGGAUUGCUCGUGCAGCUUUCGCUAUCAGUUUGUGAAAAUCGAUGGCUGUAUUUUGAUUCCCCCUUUCGUGUUGCAAGCUGGUGCAUCAUCCAAGAUGAGUAGCGUGAAUGGUGCAGUGCCCCGAUUUCUGAAUACUGUGGAGUGGCCUUGAGUUACUGGUGCGACCCGGUCAGCUCAGCCAUACAACACCCAACACGAUACGCAUUAUUAACGGCUUUCAACCCGUGGCUCGCACACCCCACCCUUAGCCGGAGGGGACAGACGCUUUACUAACUCCACAUUGCCAAGAGGCAUUGAACUUGAGAUUUCUCUGUAUUGCUGCCAUAGUAACUGGGUGGAGGGUUGUGGCGGGGAGCAGUCACGGGGACCAGUGGUCUUGAUUGAGGGUCCAGCAUAUAAAACAAAGGUUGAGAAUCACUGAAAUCCUGAUGUAAAAAUCAAGCGAGAGCUCAACUGCGGAUAUUUUGGAAGUACUGGAGCAGCGUCUAAAGUGUGGGGAUACGGGUGAAAUCAAGCGUAAAAAAAUAAACCUUACGAGCCACGCCACUAGAACUUCCAGUAAUCUUAAAUGUGAAUAAGGAAAACGACAACCAUGUGGACUGUAAAAACAACAUUUUGUACGUAAAAAAAAAUCACUGUAUGAAUGCUCGAGAAGUUUAUAGGAAUCCAUCAGUGAAUUAACCAACCGUACUGGCUUGGUUAAAGUUAUGAGAAUGAUGGAUUUAAGUUUAUUACAAUACAAUUUAGUAAAUCUGCAUUUUUGUAUUUUUUUAGGAUCAUAUAAACUGAACAGCAAGUAGUACACAAGUUAAAACGCAAAGCAGCAUGAAUCUGCAAAAAAAGAGAAAAAAAGAAAUCAUUCUGCGACAGAACACGCUAUACCAAGGCGAUUGUGUCAUUGGAAUUAAAACGAAAAUAUGAUUUAUUUUAUUUUACCAGGUAAGACCCACUCGGCUAUAGAGCUCUUUUUCAGAAGCGACCUGUCCACAAAUUAUAGCUCAAUGAAGCGGCUUAUCAUGUGGAAAUGUAAAUCAGCCAAAUUAUGGUAGCCAGUAAAAAUACAGAACUAAUAACAAUUUCCAGGGCAACUGCUGUACAAUAUCUCUCCCAUUGGGGGAAAAAUGGGUAUCUUUAAACCUGAGUGAGAAUAAUCACCUUCAAUCUAAUUCCCCAGAAACGUCAAAGGAACAUGUAUGUAAACCACACACUCUGAAUCAUAUCAAAUGGGGAGGAAGAUCAAAUGGACAAUAGGAUUUAUGAAUAGGCAAUUUUACAUCUGCAUUAUAAUCUGUACAAUCUCGCUUAACAAAAAGACGUGUUGAAGCGGGGAUGUCCAAUACUACAGCCCAGGGAAGGUUAUACAGAGGGAUAUUUGUCUUUUGGUGGUGUGAUACUUCAUUAAUGGUGUACUGUAUAUAUUGCUGCUGCUGCAUGUGGGGAUUGCGGUGUUUGAUUUUCGAGGACUUUGUAUAUAAACUACUGUUGUAAAUAAAAACGUUUUUAAUAAUAGUUUUGAA